AUGAACCUCCUCACCAGAAACAGACCCAUAGCGAGACCAUGGCCCACCAGAAAACAACCCUCAUACAGGUCCCCGCUCAUCUACCUCACUCUCCUCUUUUCCCUCUUCUUCUUCUUCUCCUACUUCUUCUCUCUCACUCCCAGUUCUCUCCUCUCUAACAAGACCUCAAUUUCCGAUUCCCCAAAAUGCCCCUCCCUUGGAGGAGGAAAGUUCCUCUGGUACGCUCCCCACAGUGGCUUCAGCAACCAGCUUUCCGAGUUCAAGAACGCCGUUUUGAUGGCCGCCAUUUUGAACCGGACCUUGGUUGUCCCUCCGGUUCUCGAUCACCAUGCUGUUGCUCUCGGUAGUUGCCCCAAGUAUGUUUCCAUGGCUGACAUUGUUGAUAUAUCAUCAUUAGUUUCUUCUUCUUUAGUUCGAGUCAUAGAUUUCAGGGUUUUUAUAUCCUUAUGGUGCAAUGUGAACGUAGAUUUUGCUUGCUACAAUGAGUUGGAUAAGCAUGCCUCUUUGCUUGAAAGACUAAAGCAAUGUGGAUCUCUAGUAUCUGGGCUCAAUGGUGAUGUUAAGUGUUUAUAUGCUGUUAAUGAAGACUGCAGAACUACUGUUUGGACAUACCAAAGUG